AUGUUGGAACUCUUGGAAGUGUGGUUCCGGUACGUCGACAGCGGCUGGUUGCUAUUCUUUGGUUCCUCCUUGCGUACCUCGCUGUCCACAAUAGCGGCCUUUUGCUGAGCGCCACGCAUUUUUUGUGCUUCUUGUUCGAAAUAUCUCAAAAAUGCGGCUAGGGGAUCGUGCUCCAUGUCCUCAUCGCUCUCGGCAUCGGCUGCAGUGGUUGUAGCUUCUACGGCUAUGGUGGUCCUGGCGCCAAUACGUGGGAAUCUGUCUUCAAUGACAACUGGUCCGACUGGUCCCUCGGAGUCUUCCUCAGGAAUCUGCGUUUCCUGAGCUUCCUCAGGUCUCUGCUCUUCAACCGUCUUGAACACGUUCUCAGGCUCGGGUUUCUGCUCCUCUACUGUUUUGAAAAUGUUUUCAGGUUCCGGCUUUUGCUCCUCCACAGUUUUGAAAAUAUUCUCAGCUGGAAGGUUGACCUGUGCGGCGCUGUCAACCAUUCUCUUUGGAGGUUCUUUCUCGAACUUCGGCGCUUUUUCCUCUUUCUUCUCAGUUUCAUCGAACACCGACAGAAUAUCACGGAACAUAUUCUCGCCUUCCACUUGUUUGAUCUCAGCUACUUUGGCGGUUGUCGUCGGUGGAACUGUAGUCGUCGACAUUUCGUUAAUUUUCUUUAGAUUUUCCUGGAAAAUUGCGUCAUGGUCAUAGUUUCCAGGAGUUUCUGGCGUGGGCGUGAUAGCGGUCCCUGAAAGGAGAAAAUUUUGUGCUUGAGUCACUGCAAGCUUUGGGCCAAGCAACUUACAAAUAGGUUUGGAGGGAACGUUGAAUUCCAUGGACUGCGAUUUCUUCUGCAUCACCUGGUAGAUCUUGUCGUGCAUGCCCAUUUCCGGUGCGGGUGGAACAGUCGGCUGUUGCAUGGAGAGAAUCUGAGCUGGAGAUGCAUCGUGUGGUCGUGUUGGCAUUUGCUGCGGUGGCUGCUGUUGGAAGUUUGCCCACUGUGGCUGCUGA